GGGGAGGAGUAAAAUUACUCCUCUGCACAGUUGACGUGCUUGCAUAGGGAAUUAGUGUUCUGCACUCUGGUGAGAUCUCUUCACAGGAUCAGUAGGUGUUGUCAGACUUGUACCUGUGCUUCAUGUGCUGCUGAUCUGCCCUAGGAGGAAAAGAGCUGAGAGUUCUCACAUCCUUUUUGUGUCUGAACUUGGACCCUUUAUUUCCAAACUGUGCUGAUCAAAGGUGACAACAUGCUUGGACAGAUUCUGUCAUUCAGCCGCUCCUUGGUACGCAGGAAAGUGGUUGACCUGAAUAACUUGGAGGACUCCAAACUGUGCCGCUGCCUGGGAACCCUUGAUCUCAUUGCAUUGGGGGUGGGCAGCACUUUGGGUGCAGGUGUCUAUGUCUUGGCUGGAGAGGUGGCCAAAGGAAACUCUGGUCCAAGCAUUGUCAUUUCUUUCCUUAUUGCUGCUCUGGCGUCAGUCAUGGCCGGUCUGUGUUACGCUGAGUUUGGUGCCCGGGUCCCUAAGACCGGCUCUGCGUACCUGUACAGCUACGUGACCGUCGGGGAGAUCUGGGCUUUCAUCACCGGCUGGAACUUAAUCCUCUCCUAUGUGAUUGGUACCUCCUCAGUUGCCAGAGCGUGGAGUGGCACAUUUGAUGAAAUGAUAGGAGGACACAUAGAGAUGUUCUGUAAAACCCACUUCAGCAUGAACUCUCCUGGUUUGGCUCCAUACCCUGACUUCUUUGCUGUCUGCCUGAUUCUGCUGCUUUCUGGACUUCUGUCAUUCGGAGUGAAGGAAUCCGCCUGGGUCAAUAAAGUCUUCACUUCAGUCAACGUGCUCGUUCUGUUGUUUGUCAUCAUCUCUGGCUUUGUCAAAGGAGAUGCAGAAAACUGGAAGAUAACUGAAGAAUCCCUUGUGAACGUCACCAUAGUGACGAGAAAUUUGUCAGAGACAGCCAACGUUAGCAGCGAUUACGGAGUAGGAGGUUUCAUGCCCUAUGGCUUCAGUGGGACCUUAGCCGGAGCUGCCACCUGCUUUUAUGCUUUUGUUGGAUUUGACUGCAUUGCAACAACAGGUGAGGAGGUGAAGAACCCUCAGAAGGCCAUUCCCAUCGGGAUUGUGGUGUCCCUCAGUACAUGUUUCCUGGCAUACUUUGGUGUGUCAGCUGCACUCACCCUGAUGAUGCCCUACUACCUGUUAGAUGAGAAGAGCCCCCUGCCCAUGGCCUUUGAAUAUGUGGGUUGGGGUCCUGCCAAAUAUGUGGUUGCUGUGGGAUCUCUGUGUGCGCUUUCUACCAGUCUGCUGGGCUCCAUUUUCCCCAUGCCUCGUGUAAUCUAUGCUAUGGCUGAGGAUGGGGUGCUUUUCAAAGUCUUAGCCCGAAUCAAUCCUAAGACGAAGACCCCAGUUAUUGCCACUAUGAGCUCCGGUGUAGUUGCAGCCAUCAUGGCCUUCCUGUUUGACCUUAAAGCCCUGGUUGACAUGAUGUCCAUUGGCACUCUGCUGGCCUACUCUCUGGUUGCUGUGUGUGUACUGAUUCUCAGGUACCAGCCAGAUGGAAUUUUGGAGCGGCAGACAGGUAAAGGGGAGAGGGACUACUUGUCGCCUGAAGAAAGCGAGUCAGACUUGACAGAGUCGGAGUCCCACCUCAACAUGCUGAAAGGUGGUGGCUCAACCCUGCAGACUGUCCUGCAACCUCCUGUCUCGCCUUCUAAGCAUUCAUCCAGUGUGGUCAACAUGUCCAUUUGCGUGCUUGUGAUGGUAGUGUGUAUCAUCAGCUAUCUCACCACAUACCACCUUGACUCCAUCUCUGGCUUGAAAGCAUGGAUCCUGGCAUUGCUAUCAGUAUGUUUCCUCAUCUUCAGUGGCUGCAUUUUCAUGAUCUGCAGGCAACCUCAGACAACCAAGAAGGUGUCCUUCAUGGUCCCACUUCUACCUUUUCUUCCUGUUCUGAGCAUAUAUGUCAAUAUUUACCUGAUGGUUCAGCUGAGUGGAGACACCUGGAUACGCUUCUCUGUUUGGAUGGCUGUAGGCUUUCUGAUCUACUUUGGUUACGGCAUGUGGUUCAGCGUAGAGCGACAGCGCCAACUUCAGGCUGCUCAGAGCUGCAUCACCACCCAGGAAAACCUCAAGGCCAACAGGGAGAAGCAGUCCAACAUAAGUGCAGAGGAAAAGGAGCAAGAGCGCUUCCUCUGCCCAGAGAAGAUCAGCCAGUGUUAAAGUUACAACUCUUUCACAGACUCGGUGAGGCAGCAGGUGCAUAGGGGCACUCAGCAACCAUGUCUUAAUGCACCUGUACUUACAGCUUCACCAUGUGUGCUUCUCUCACUAGCACCUUUAGUCUGCAAAAGGCCGUGUCAGUGUUCUAUAUUAGCAGUGUUACAUCACUGUGAUGGGAUCACGUCCUGUAGGUCGCAUUGUGCUCACUGGAGCCGAUGAAGAAAGAAUAAAACAGACAGGUAACACACUGGAGAGUGAUGCUCAUGUACUUUAACAGUGAAGCAGUCGGUGCAAACCUGCAGCAAAGCUUGUCGCUUUCUUUUGGGACUUGAGAUUUAAAAUAUAUGGCACACCUUUUGUCUUAUCAGUUGAUUUUUACAUUUUAAACCAAUUUAUGUAGGUGGGUUUUUAAAUGUAAAAGUUAUUUUUUUUCUGUUCUAGGUUUUGUUACAAUGAUAAAUCCUGACCAACAUCGGGGUGAAGAUUUCCUGUGUGUAAACAAGUCUAAAUGUAGUUUGGAAAGAGUUUGUAGCUUCAUAUGCAUGCAUAAAGCAAUCAAAGACAGACCAAUGUACAAUAUUUGAAAUAGCUUUGUAGGCCUUGUGAAUAUGAUGUAAAAACAUUAAAAUCUUUACUGUAGUUAGAGAAGUCUCUGCAGCUAAGAUCUUAUUUAGCACAGGGUUACUUUUUUAUUGUUUCAUGUGUUUGUGUCAACUAUGAGCUGUUACAGAACUCUCCUCAAAAUGUAAUUGUGGUUUAUUUUUUCACUCUAUCACCUCAUAAUAUGCUGUGUUUUCCUAUCUAUCUGAUAUUUAGUGUCAUUUUGAUACAGUUCCUGUUAAUUUAACACUUAGGAAAUAGUUCUAUUUUUACCAAAAAGGAGUUUAAUAGUUACUUAGAAGUUAAAGUUUUGUAUAAAGUGCAUCUGUCUCAACACAUAUUAUUUGUGAAAUGAGUGGUUGUGGAGUAAAAGUGCUUUCAAUGUCUUAUCGCUCGCCUGCACAGUCAGUAAUUUUCACCAUAUGAUCUGAUAUGGAAAAAUCCUAUCUUUUUCUUUUUCUUUCUUUCUUUGUCUUUUUUUUUUUUUUUUUUUUA